AUGAAGAUCACUGCAAAGGAUUGGUUGCUGUCGUUGCACUUCCUGCCGCUGGAGUGUGGCAUGCUGAUUGCCGUACUUGUGUUCUGCAUGGCGCCCAAUUAUGCCGUUUGGUCACUGAUGUUUUUUAUAUCAGGCCUUUUGUGUACGUUUGCAAUGUUCAACAUUCUUCCUCUUGCACCGCUGAAGUCUGGAGGCACACAUCACAUUGGCAUUCGUCACAUCACGCGAGAGAUUGCUGUGUACUACCCAACUUUUAUUAAGCCGAUUGAAGGGGAACCUUGGCUUCCUGGUAAUGAUUCCCAUUACAUCCAGACCAUGGCGGCGGGGGCCAGGGUACGCUCGCUGUGGCUAAGUCAUUUGAAGCUUGUGCGGAUUCCCUGUACUCGAAAUGCGAGCAUCGUAUCAUUAAUGACACAUGACGGAGGGCCUCGGAAAGUUUUUAUUUUUAGUCACACCUUAUCUACCCAUCAUUUGGCAUACUCACGACUUGCAUUGGCUUUGGCUGCAUCCGGAGCGUUGGUGUACAGCGUGCUCCAUGCAGAUGGAAUAGAUGUUUCUUUUGAGAGGAGCAGCCUUGGCUCAUCGGUGGGUGAGGAAGAAGAAGAAUUUCCGUGUGAACGAGGGCUGACUCAAGAGGGCAUGUUGAUGCAACUUCAAAAACGUAUUGAAGAUGUUGUUGGUGUUAUCGAGGGCAUUUUUCGAGGGGAAAUGCUCCGACAGCUGCAGGUUGGGCCAGUGGAAUUGCAGUCAUUUCUCUCUUCUGGUGCCAAAGUCAAUCUCAUUGGCCACGGCUUUGGCGCGUUGACGAUGUUGGCCGUUGCUGUGAAGGCCACCGCAAUUUUAUCGUUUAUAAAUUCCAUUGUUGCCUUUGAUGCAUGGCCGCUGAGUCUUCUGGACCGUACUGUGGGGGAUCCAAUCUCCAUGCCGUCGCACAUCAAGGUGCAGCUUUUUGACUCCGAGGAGUGGUCUGAGCGCCGUGUGUACGCUGUGCGAGUGGAGGAGCUAAAGGGGCGUUUUGCCUCCUCCGGUGUCUCAUGCCUCCGUACGACCUGCAGUGGGACCGACCACAUGUCUGUCAUGGACAUGGGACUCCUGUUGCCCCUAACGAAACGACGGCGUUUUGCCUCCAAGAAAUCGUCCAAGCUCAUCCCUAUGUUGGCCACUGAGGUACUACGAUGCACAGAGGGAUCAUAA